UCGUAUAACCUCUAACUAAACUAAGAGAUCGAUGUAAUGUAAAGUAAAUAUGAAAAUUAAAAUAUAAUUUAACAAUUUUUCCGUACUGAUGAAGUGACAGAAUCUUGCACUAGUAAAAGAAAGUAGGAAAAUGACAUUUAAAAAAGGUGUUGACCCCAAGGUGUUCCGCGCGAUCCAACAUGUUAACAUGCAGGAGCUGUCCAAAUGCACCGAGCAAGAAAUCCGCCCUGUGCUGCCUUGCUUGGUUAGGAUGGGGCUAAUAUCACCGCUGGACACUUCUAAAAAGUGCACGAAUAUGAAGGUUAACAUAUUAACAAUCGUGUCAGGCAUGGAACUAGUGAAUUCCAUAGUCGCUUUGCUGUCUAUCGACUUCCACAAGCUGGAGAUCGAUGUGAAAAAAGAACAACAACUCCGACAGAAAGGAAAUACCGUCCAAAACGACUCUAUCUUAAUCGGAAACUUGUCCAACACCAGCAUGGCGUUGGAGUACGAACGCAGCGACAUGACCCGCCGCCUCAGCAUCUUACUCGGCGAACUCCUAUAUAUACAGUCUCUGAUCCAGGAGGGGAACGAAAGCACCUCGGAACAGGACUUUUACAUAAAAUCGUCCGAGUUGUUCGAUAACGAUAUAUUCGCCGAGGAACUGGCCGAUAUCAUCUGCAUAGCGAUCGCCGAGUUACCGACCACCCUGAACAUCACCAACAUCACGGAAACUCUGCUCCAAGUCCACAACGGACCUGCUAUUAUCUGCCGUUUGGUCGCCAACUUCCCCGAUUGCUUCAGAGAAGUUUGCACCUACCUCAUCCAGAGCGGCGAGAAGCAGGAGGAGAACAUCUCCAGCGCAGUACGGGCCAACGCCAUAUCGUUGCUCUGCAAGAUGAAUCCUUCGCAGGCUCUUACGAUCAGAAGUAAGUGCGUGGAAUUGUGCAGGAUGCCUGCGUUGGCCAUCACUUUGUCUCUGGAGCACCUCGACAAGAACGCCAGUACGGACGAGGAGGGCGACAUGGUGGCGUUCGUAUCGGGAUUGCUGCUCGGCAACGACCAAACCAUAAGAAACUGGAUAGCCAUGUUCAUCCGGACGGGGCAAAAGAGGAAAGGCGAGGUGUCCAGCAACGCCCUGCAGCAGCUUAGGGACGAACUGCUGCGUCGCUUACAGAAAAUCAUCGGGGCCUCGCCCGAAGGCCAACUGCCCGACAGUCUGGUCGUUCAGGCUUCGGCUUUGCUACGUUUAUACUGCUCGUUGAGGGGCAUAGCCGCCAUCAAAUUCCAAGACGAGGAGGUGAAUUUGAUAGUGCAGCUCCUGACGUCGCACCCCAACCCGACGCCGGCCGGCGUACGUUUCGUGUCCAUAGGUCUCUGCAUGCUCAUCGCGUGCCCGUCGUUGGUGUCGUUACCGGAACACGAGAGAAGGAGCAUAGAGUGGGUGCAGUGGCUGGUGAGGGAGGAGGCCUACUUCGAGUCGGCCAGCGGCGUGACCGCCUCCUUCGGCGAGAUGCUUCUCCUCAUGGCCAUCCACUUCCACAGCAACCAGCUGAGCGCCAUCUGCGACCUCGUCUGCUCGACUUUGGGCAUGAAGAUCGCCAUCCGCCACAACAACAUGACACGCAUGAAGCAGGUGUUCACCCAGGAGAUAUUCACGGAGCAGGUGGUGACGGCGCACGCCGUCAAGGUGCCCGUCACCAACUCGCUGAGCGCCAACAUGACGGGUUUCCUACCGAUCCACUGCAUCCACCAGCUGUUAAAGUCGAGGGCGUUCGCCAAACACAACGUCAACAUCAAGAACUGGAUCUACAAGCAGAUCUGCACCAGCGUCAGCCCCCUCCACCCCGUCCUGCCCAUGCUGGUGGAGGUGUACGUCAACAGCAUAGUGCUGCCCAACGCCAAGAACGUCGAGCACACCAACAAGCCGCUGACCGAGAACGAGAUCCGUAAGGUGUUCCAAAGCUCGAUCUUCGGACAGUACUUCGACCAGAAGCAGUCGAUAUUCACCAUGGAGUUCGACGCGAACUCGGAAAACCAGGACGUCGUGGUGGACAACACCAGCCUGACCCCCCAGCUGCUGCUCCUGUACUACCUGCUGCUGUACGAGGACUGCCGCUUGAACAACGCGCACACCUUGGCGUCCAGUGGGAGGAAAAUCAAACGGUACACCUCGGAGUUCAUGUCGGAACUGCCCAUCAAGUACCUGCUGCACCACGCGCAGAAAGAUCAGAGCUCCUAUUCGGGACUUUUCGGCCCCCUCUUGAAGCUGCUGGCCACCCACUUCCCCCACCUCACCCUGGUGGAGGACUGGCUGGACGACAUGGCGAUUCAACACGAGUUCAAGCCCGUCCAUUUGUCUGAGCUCGCAAUGGUGGAAGCCUUCAACGAGGUGGAGACGAAGCCGUCGAAAUGUGCCAAGCUCCUUCAGACAUUGCUGAGGCAGGAAGCCAUCGACAUCUGGCCCUUCGCCGAGGUCUUCACACAGUUCGCGAGGAACUUCGUGGCGGACAGCGUGCCCAGGUACCUGCAGGACCUCUACAAGGACGUGUGGUUCCGUUUGAACACCGUGCUGCCCAGGAGGCUCUGGGUGUUAACGGUGAAGAAUUUAGUGGACGAUUUCUCGAGCUUGGCUAGGAUAGACGUCGCGGAGGACCCCUUGCAGAUUAUGCGAUGCGACGAGAGGGUGUUUCGUUGUGCUCCGGUCUACGCUGUUGUGUUGAGGGUGCUAAGAGCCAGCCUGGCGUCUUCGAGGAGCCAGCUGCUGCAGCACCUGCACACGCACGUCAGGGUGGACCCGUCCGGGCAGCUGACGAACGAGACCGAACGGGACGAGAUGUGUAGGGCUUGCAUCGCGGCGCAGACAUUUUCGUUGCAGGAAUCCGCAGCGGUGCAAAUGCUGCUCGAAACCUGUCUGGAGACGCCCGAGGACAGGGUCAAGCCGGGCAGGCAGUGGGCGCUGCAGGAGGUACGGUCCCUGGUGUGCAGCUACCUCCACCAAGCGUUCAUAGCCGACACGACGCUGUGCAAGCUGGUGCACUUCCAGACGUAUCCUUGCGAACUGCUAGAGAUUGUUGUCCGUGGCGUGCCGUCCAUGCACAUCUGCCUGGACUUCCUGCAGGAACUGAUGCAACAACCCAGCUUGGUCAAGCAGAUAUUCGGGAUACAGUUGCUGUCCCACGUCAGCCUGCAAUAUGCCUUACCGAAGAGCCUCAACCUGUGCGUUAUGGCUCUAAACUUGCUCUACGCCUUACUCGGAGGCGUGUCCAGCGGCCAACGAGUGAAACUCUUCAAGCCCGUCCUGCCCGCUCUAGUGAGGAUCAGCGAGGCCUUCCCACCGCUCACCGACGACAUCAUCAACCUGAUCAUGCAGCUAGCGAGGGUGUGCGAGUCCCAGGCGGCGCUCGCCUCCCACUUCGACGCUCACCUCGGUAAGGGGCUGGAGAUCGCGUCGCAGGAGAGCGUGGAGUUGUGCGAGCUGACGCAGAAGACGUUUACGGAAAUCCUGGAUAAGGCCGUGCUGAGGGCCAAGGUGUACAGGCAGGAGUAGGCCGUCGCCUGAAGAUGCGCGGCGCGUUAGUGAAAUCGGCGUCAAGUUUUUUCUUUUUUGAAGUAAUUGAUUGGUUUUUUAAGAUUAUUUUGUACUUUAUUUUAAAAAUAUGUACAUAGUUAAUAUUAAC